CGCGUUGUUACGUCUCUGGGUUGAGAAACUGGUAGUGGGGGAACAGGAAGUUCCGCGCAGGCGCGCAUUGUUCUUCACAAUAAAGGACACGGCAGAAUUGUGCAGUCGAGACGUCAACUUCUGUGUCCGUUUCAAAUAUAUUACUACUGACCGACUCAGAUUAAGUCUGAGGCCGGUAACAUCAACAGUGAAGACAAACCCAGCCUGCCACUCUCCUUCCACACUGUGUCCAAACCUACAGUCACUGGGUCCUGAUUGUGACAGUGGAGUCCAGUUUGCACUGCAGGAUCCAGAGAUGGCAUCAGUGAAGCUGGAAGACUGCAGUCAAACACUGGAGCUGAAUGUCAACAUUAAAGAUGAAGAAGAGGAGGAGAAGAUUGGGAAAUCUGUUUCUCAUGACUCAGGUAUGAGGUCGGUAACGUCAACAGUGAGGACAAACCCAGCCUGCCUCUCUCCUUCCACACUGAGUCCAAACCUACAGUCACUGGGUCCUGAUUGUGACAGUGGAGCCCAGUUUGCACUGCAGGAUCCAGAGAUGGCAUCAGUGAAGCUGGAAGACUGCAGUCAAACACUGGAGCUGAAUGUCAACAUUAAAGAUGAAGAAGAGGAGGAGAAGAUUGGGAAAUCUGUUUCUCAUGGACGACUAGAAUUAAGUCUGAGGCCGGUAACAUCAACAGUGAGGACAAACCCAGCCUGCCUCUCUCCUUCCACACUGAGUCCAAACCUACAGUCACUGAGUCCUGAUUGUGACAGUGGAGCCCAGUUUGCACUGCAGGAUCCAGAGAUGGCAUCAGUGAAGCUGGAAGACUGCAGUCAAACACUGGAGCUGAAUGUCAACAUUAAAGAUGAAGAAGAAGAGGAGGAGAUUGGGAAAUCUGUUUCUCAUGGAGACCAUGUUAAGACAUUCUCUACAUCUAGAGAGCAACAGCAGGAAGAUCACAGAGCUAAGAGGUCUCACCACUGCCCACAUUGUGAGGAGAUUUUCCCAUUUCUAUCAAAGCUAAAAACACACCUACAAAUACACACUGGAGAGAAUCCCUAUUCCUGUACUGACUGUGGGAAGAGAUUCACAACACCAGGAGCUUUGGCAGUUCAUCAGAGAGUGCACACUGGAGGGAAGCCUUACUCCUGCUCUGACUGUGUAAAAUGCUUCACAACAUCAGCUCAUCUAGAAGUUCAUCAGAGAACACACACAGGAGAGAAGCCUUAUUCCUGCUCUGACUGUGGAAAGAGUUUCUCUCUACUGGGCAACUUAAAAACACAUGAACGUAUACAUACAGGAGUGAAGCCUUACUCCUGCUCUGACUGUGGACAGAGUUUCUCUCGACUGGGCCACUUAAAAACACAUGAACGUAGACAUAUUGGUGUGAAGCCUUACUGCUGCUCUGACUGUGUAAAAUGCUUCACAACAUCAGCUCAGCUAAAAGAUCAUCAGAGAACACACACAGGAGAGAAGCCUUUCUUCUGCUCUGACUGUGGAACUAGUUUCUCUCAACUUUCCCACUUAAAAACACAUGAACGUAUACAUACAGGAUUGAAGCCUUACUCUUGCUCUGACUGUGGAAAGAGUUUCUCUCAAAUGGGCCACUUAAAAAGACAUGAACGUAGACAUACAGGAGAGAAGCCUUACUCCUGCUCUGACUGUGUAAAAUGCUUCACAACAUCAGCUGAGCUAAAAGAUCAUCAGAGAACACACACAGGAGAGAAGCCUUUCUUCUGCUCUGACUGUGGAACUAGUUUCUCUCAACUUUCCCACUUAAAAACACAUGAACGUCUACAUACAGGAUUGAAGCUUUACUCCUGCUCUGACUGUGGAAAGAGUUUCUAUCAAAUGGGCAACUUAAAAAGACAUGAACGUCUACAUACAGGAGAGAAGCCUUACUGCUGCUCUGACUGUGGAAAGAGUUUCUCUCUACCAGGCACCUUAAAAACACAUGAACGUAUACAUACAGGAGUGAAGCCUUACUCCUGCUCUGACUGUGUAAAAUGCUUCACAACAUCAGCUGAGCUAAAAGUUCAUCAGAGAACACACACAGGAGAGAAGCCUUACUCCUGCUCUGACUGUGGAAAGCGUUUCUCUCGACUGAGCCACUUAAAAAGACAUGAACGUAUACAUACAGGAGUGAAGCCUUACUGCUGCUCUGACUGUGUAAAAUGCUUCACAACAUCAGCUGAGCUAAAAGUUCAUCAGAGAACACACACAGGAGAGAAGCCUUACUCCUGCUCUGACUGUGGAAAGCGUUUCUCUCGACUGAGCCACUUAAAAAGACAUGAACGUAUACAUACAGGAGUGAAGCCUUACUCCUGCUCAGACUAUGGAAAGAGGUUCUCUCUACUGGGCAUCUUAAAAAGCCACCAAGGUAAACAAAGGAGAGAAGCCUUGUCACUGAUCUGACUGUAGAGAACACACAAAGAACUGAACCUUACUUCUUCCUUGAGGUUUUUAAGCUAACUAGACGGCACAAUUGUGUUUUUUUAUAUUACUAUAUUACUUAUAGCCAGGGGCACACUCCAACACCAUUUACAAACAAAGCAUUUGUGUUUUGUGAGUCCGCCAGAUCAGAGGCAGUG